AGACCCAACCCCACUCCACUUUCGUGAGGCUCCUUCAGUCGAGCGCUCGGAUCUCUCUGCUGACGCACACUCAUUCCGCUCAGGGUUUAAACAACCCUCCUCCCCCCAAAAAAACUUUUUAAUAUUCUCAAACGGCCACAAAAGAAAGAAAAACCAUGACUUUCUCAACUCUCCUGCUCGUUCUGAUCGUCACGAUGUCUGCUACCGUAACGCCAGCACGUGCUCUGCAAUGUUUCACGUGCAUAGCCGCACGCAGCAAUGAGAACUGCAAUGGGAACGGCCCCGUGAAUUGCACAGAGGGCAUGGACACCUGCCAGACGAAUGUGAUCGGCGCCAUCGGGUUCAACACCUUCACCAAGCUGUGCUCCACCUCGGGCGUCUGCGCCUCCCUGGCCCUCACCAACAUCGACCUGGUGGUCGGAAGCGUCCGCACAACCUGCUGCACCGAGGACCUGUGCAACGCGUCGAGGGGCGGUCCAAGUCUCCACGCGCCCCUCGGCCUCGCUGGUUCACUCCUCAUCCUCCUCCUCACCCUCCUCAUCGUGGCCACGGCCACGUUCUAGUCAAGGGGGGGGGGGGUGGUGGAUGGGGGCGGUGGCGUCGCAGCGAUGGCAAGGAGCAGACAAGGGCUGGCGGUGUCGUCGCUCUGUGGUUGUUCUUCGUCUUAACCCGAGACCUGUGUAAAGGGGAGCAACCACGGUGGCUUAGGGAGAUGUUAACUCUCUCGCGAGCACGUGAAACCCGACCCCUGGCGAUGCCUGCUGUUGCUGCUGUAUAUUUGGAGAGAGAGACACGGAAACUUCAAAUCUACAACAGGCGUCAGGGUGGGCAUGAAUUUCAUGACAUCUUGUAUACCAGGCAAAAGUAGUAGUCGGGCCGUGGAUAAGAGGGGUUUUUUGGCUCAGGAUUGGCUCUAUCAGUCCCUCCCUCCGUAAGCCACGCCCGCUUUUAUAUUGCCACACCCACUCAACUAACUAGCACCGCCCACUAUCUCAGGUAGUCCCGCCCACUGAGCCACUAGCACUGCCCCUUUUAGCCACUAGCACCGCCCACUAAGGUAGUCACAUUCAUUAAGUAACUGGCACCGCCCACUAUCUCAGGUAGCCCCACCCACUGAGCCACCAGCACCGCCCAUUAGGGUAGUCACAUUCACUAAGUAACUGGCACCGCCCAUUAUCUCAGGUAGCCCAGCCCACUGAGCCACGAGCACCGCCCACUCCGCAAGUAGCCCCGCCCACUGAACCACUAGCACUGCCUACUACUCAGGUAGCCCUGCCCACUAAGCCACUAGCACCGCCCACUACUCAGGUAGCCCUUCCCACUGAGCCACUAGCACCGCCCACUACUCAGGUAACCCUGCCCACUCAACUAACUGGCACCGCCCACGACUCAGGUAGCACUGAGCCACUAGAAUCGCCCACUAAUCAAGUAGUCCCACCCACUUAACCAUCAGCACCACCCACUACUCAGGUAGCCCCGCUCACUGAGCCACUAGCACUGCCCACCACGCACGUAGCCACACCCACUCAGCUACUAUCACGGCCAACAAAGUAGCCACACCCACUCAGACACUAGCACUGCCCACCAAGGCAGCCCCACCCACUACUCAGGUAGCAACCACCACUCAGACACUAGAACCGCCCACUAAUCAGGUCCCACCCACUGAGCCACUAUCGCCAUCCACUACUCAGGUAGCUCCACCCACUGCUCAGGUAGCCCCGCUCAUGUCCGUAAAAGGUAUUGAGCAUUAGGCCAGAACAUUUUUCAGUUUUAAACCUGGGACAAAAAAAAAUCCAGAUUUUUUUUUUCACAGGGCAAUUAUGGACCCGCAGGGACUGUCCCGACCGAAGCAGGACAGUUUGGUAGCUUUUAAUUGUCACGUAUUUACCUCAUAUUUAUCUACUGAUUGCGAUGAUUUCUUCCAAAAAUAAUAAUAAUGAUGAUACAAA